UUUUCUUUUCAUUAUGCUCAUUGGGCGCUUAAUCAUAUUGACUACAGUGGGGGCGUGGCGAAAAGAUGGGAAUGCGAUGAUCUGAAGGUUGGCGUGACCACUGGUGAUUUCUGGAAAAUUUACGUUCGCUAAAAUGUUUGUGUGUUGAUGUCUGUUUCUAUUAAUAGUCUUCAGUGGCUGUAGAAGUUUCAACUUUUUAACUCGCCAAUUUACUCAUUUACAAAAAACGUCUUUCGACAAAGAGCGAGGACCAUAAAUAAAAGGUUAUAAUUAACGACGUCAUUUACUACUAUUACCAGAAUGCUUCAGUAUUUUGCUUUCUUGUGCAAAUUAGAGCUUUUGUCGUGGGUGCCAAUUGGGUUAACUGUUUAACGUAUAAAGGCCUUUUUUCACUAUCAAAAACGUAUAAAUUACAAAAUAUUAACUGACAAACGUAUAAAAACAGGUAAUUGUUUAAGCGUAUACACAGCGAAGUAGACCCAAAAGUUAGGAAUUGAUUCAAACAAAUGAAGACUUUCUGAAAUAAAAAGACGAUAUGGUGAGACAGAAUGAUAGAGACGUACUUGGCAAUCUUUCCUACACUCUAGUCUGUUCGCUGACGUAUAUGCGACUGCGUCAUUCUGUGGUUGAGCCUGCAUUCGAACUGCGUGCGGUUAUGCCUCUCAAUUCAAAGGGAAACAGACAACCAUUUCACAGUUAAAAAGAAGGAGUCUUGUUUUGAUACAACCCUUUCUGCUUGCUUGUGUCAAUCACGUUGUUCUUAUGCUUAACGUGAAGACUAGGUUAUUAUAAGUCCACAACUGUAAAAUGGUUUAUUUUCUCAGUAUACCUCUUUGCUUGCGUGAUCUUGCAAAUAGGUGUUUGUACUGCUUAUAAUGCGGCCUAAUACUAAAUGAAGUCUAGUUCCGCUUGUAAUCUUAUGAGCGAUAAAACAAAAUCGGAAGCGCGUGCAGCCGCUUUAAGCGGGAAUCGCAUUUGUUUAAUCCUCUGAUAAGUAUAAAUUACAGAUUGUUAAUUGGACAAGAAGUUUUAUUACCGAUUCCCUUGCCUUACCUUCAGGACACAUUCAAGAGUGCGCGUGUAAUGGCGCAUACUGCAUUUUUCUGUCCAAUUAUACUUACGCAUGACAAGUACUUUCCUAUUACAUCGUCCUAUUAAUUCUGAAAUCUGGGCUGCCUAUAGCAAUUAUAUAAGAGAAUUUUGUUUUAGUUAUGAUAAGCGGGACAAUGACUGUGUAUAGAAAUUCAGAUGUCAUUGAGUGCUCUUUUUCAAGAAUUUUAUUCACAGAAAAAGGGAUGAAGAGAGGAGUGGUGCUGUCGUCCAGGCUCAACCACGGAAGACAAAUAAGGGCGUCGGUUAGGCUGGAUUUGUAAGAAAUAAUUCACUUCAGACUGAUUUAAUAAAGUGUUAAGGAAAAUAUGACAAACCAGUGCAUUGCAUCCUGGAAUAGUGGGAGAGAACUUGGGAGUCUUUGUGGAGUGACUGAUUUGGGAACCCCAACCUAUAAACAAUUUUAACGUCUGCGGGACUCUCAAUCAUGCCAAUUAACUGACUAAACGUUUUUUGCUGCUUACUGCCUAACUAGUGUUAUUUUAGCUGUUUACAGACCAAGUAGAAUAUUUUUAGCUGUUUACUGACUACAGCUAUGCCCCAUUGACACCCUCUUUGUUAUUUAAACCUCGCUGUGAUUACAAAAUUUAAAUAUGGAAGGAAAAACGAAAUGGAUUCUGGUGGUGAAAGAACUAGUACAGUAAAAUAACGCCAUCGCGCAAAUGGUCCCAUUGCUGACUUGGAUGAAAGUACCUUGAUUAUCAAGCGAUUUCUAUAGCAUAAACAAGUUAUAGCUGUUACGAGAGAUUUUUCUUAUAUUUAUCGUUUCCAGUAAGCCUUAUAUCCGUUUUUGUUUAUUGUAUUCUUUUUUCAAGUACCUCCUUAAAUAAAGCCACAAAAUACUCAUGCCACGGCAUUGUGGCUUUCAAUUGUGUCGCAUGCACUUUAAAGUCUCUAAAUAUUAAAUUAUCCAAACAGAGAGUUUAUUUAGAAGCAAGCAAACUGAGGCUCAGGCGGGUCAGGCUUCGAACAUUUCAUGAGACGAUCGAAACUGAACGGAAUAAGUUCAUGAUAUGUUUGGUGUUUGUCUCAGUUUAGCUCGUCAGAAUAUCAAAGUUUGCCGGAUCGACAAACAGGUUCUUCUAGUCCGCUUCAGACGGAUAGGAACCAGGGGCGUAGCUACCAUUUAAAAGUCGAGGGUAAAAAAAAAAUAAAAAAAUAAUGAGAUACAAAAGUGAAUAAUGAAAAGAAAAAGAUACAAAGGAUAAGAUAGAUGAAAGUUAAUUAUUUAAAAAGCACAGUUCGGCUCAAUUCAUUUCACAACGGACUGUUUGAUUUUUCUUUUUACACCCGAAAGUCGGCUUUCAGGAAAGAGACGUGAUUCACUGGUAAACCCAAGAGUCAUAAUGGCUCUUGGUGGACCGAAUCUUUAAUUGUAUAUAUAUAGACAAACAGCGGGGGAAUGAGCAAACAGCAAAGCUGGAUGGUUUAAAGCGUAAACGCGUUGUUUUCACUUCGGCCUCUCUUAUACGCACUAGACGAAGAAGGGCAAGAUUACAUCAAAAUUAACGCAGGGAUCUUCCUCGGUUAAAAGUAAUGUGGAAAAUAAUGGUAAAGGAAUCACACAUUUGCACAUAAAAGUCUGAGAUACCACUGGAUUGUUCGCGUAGGCGCUACGGUUACACUAGAGGAUUCAUAAAUAUUUCGGAUUUAGGAUUCCGGACUUAUUUUGUUGAGGGUAUUCUGAUCAUUUCGUUAGCGUUAAUAGAGCCCUCAUACAAAAAAACGCAUUCGGAUUCUCAACAGUUUACACACAUCGAUAAAACUGAGUGGCUUUAGCAAGGACGACAGCGAUAGCAACGAGAACAGCCACGUCAAAACAACAAAUUUUGCACGUGUAGCACGUUUCUUGGUAAAUUCCUUUGCCGUGCACGACCACGACGUGAAAUUUUUUUACGGGACGCUGUUUGGAGGGCGUGAAAAUAAACACACGAUGAUGAUUUUUUUCAUCUCCAGUUCAAACUUGGGUGCGGUCCCCAAGGAUUCAACUCCAGUGAAAUUCUCCUAUUCAUUUGCCCUUUUCGUUUGCAAGUUGGAAAAAACGCAAAAGUUUGAAAAAACGCGAAUUNGCUGUUUGGAGGGCGUGAAAAUAAACACACGAUGAUGAUUUUUUUCAUCUCCAGUUCAAACUUGGGUGCGGUCCCCAAGGAUUCAACUCCAGUGAAAUUCUCCUAUUCAUUUGCCGUUUCAGCUAGUUGGAAAAAACGCAAAAGUUUGAAAAAACGCGAAUUCGUUUAAAUAGUGACGUAUUUGCUACCCUCGCCAUCAAUAUUUUAAAGCACCCUACAUUCAUGAACGUGACACUUUCAUUUUGGUUUUACCGCAAACACUUAUGAUCGAAGGAGGAAAGCAUCAUGAUUCGUUGGAAGAACUGUUUACUCUAUAA